UAACCCCGGCGGGAAUCCCCUGAGCUGUCCAAUGACCAGAGGCUCUGCAGUCAGCGGGGUCACAGCUCCCAUGGCUGCAGCUAGUGUGACGCCCCCGGGCUCCCUGGACUUGCUGCAGCCCGGCUUCUCCAAGACCCUUCUGGGGACCAAGCUGGAAGCCAAGUACCUGUGCUCCGCCUGCAGGAACGUGCUGCGGAGGCCUUUCCAGGCCCAGUGCGGCCAUCGCUACUGCUCCUUCUGCCUGACCAGCAUCCUCAGCUCUGGACCACAGAAUUGUGCUGCUUGUGUUCAGGAGGGCAUAUAUGAAGAAGGCGUUUCUAUUUUAGAAAGCAGCUCGGCCUUCGCGGAUAACGCUGCCCGCAGGGAGGUGGAGAGCCUGCCGGCCGUCUGUCCCAGCGACGGCUGUACCUGGAAGGGGACCCUGAAGGAAUACGAGAGCUGCCAUGAAGGCCGCUGCCCGCUCAUGCUGACCGAGUGCCCCGCGUGCAAGUCCCUGGUCCGCCUCUGCGAGAAGGAGCGCCACUCAGAGCACGAGUGCCCGGAGCGGAGCCUGAGCUGCCGGCACUGCCGGGCGCCCUGCUGCGGGGCGGAUGUGAAGGCGCACCACGACGUCUGCCCCAAGUUCCCCUUGACCUGUGAUGGCUGUGGCAAGAAGAAGAUCCCUAGGGAGAAGUUUCAGGACCACGUCAAGACCUGUGGCAAGUGCCGGGUGCCCUGCCGGUUCCACACCAUUGGCUGCCUUGAGAUGGUGGAGAGCGAGAGGCAGCAGGAGCACGAGGCGCAGCAGCUGCGUGAGCACCUGUCCCUGCUGCUGGGCGCCGUCCUGGAGGCCAGACCCCUUGCGGGGGACUGGAGCCAGGCAGGCCCCAAGCUCCUGCAGAGGUGUGAGAUACUGGAGAGGAAGACGGCCACCUUUGAGAACAUCGUCUGUGUGCUAAACCGCGAGGUGGAGAGGGUGGCCAUGACGGCCGAGGCCUGCAGCCGCCAGCACCGACUGGACCAGGACCGGAUCGAAGCCCUGAGCAACAAGGUACAGCAGCUGGAGAGGAGCAUCAGCCUCAAGGACCUGGCCAUGGCCGACCUAGAGCAGAAGGUCCUGGAGAUGGAGGUGUCCACCUAUGACGGCAUCUUCAUCUGGAAGAUCUCGGACUUCGCCAGAAAGCGCCAGGAGGCUGUGGCCGGCCGCACACCCGCCAUCUUCUCCCCAGCCUUCUACACGAGUCGGUAUGGCUACAAGAUGUGUCUCCGCAUCUACUUGAAUGGUGACGGCACCGGGCGAGGAACGCACCUGUCCCUCUUCUUUGUGGUGAUGAAAGGCCCGCACGACGCCCUCCUGCGGUGGCCUUUCAACCAGAAGGUGACCUUGAUGCUGCUCGACCAGAACAACCGGGAGCACGUGAUCGACGCCUUCAGGCCCGAUGUGACCUCGUCCUCGUUCCAGAGGCCGGUCAGCAGCAUGAACAUUGCGAGCGGCUGCCCCCUCUUCUGCCCCGUCUCCAAGAUGGAGGCCAAGAACUCCUAUGUGCGGGAUGACGCCAUCUUCGUCAAGGCCAUCGUGGAUCUGACAGGGCUCUAGUUACCGUCAGUGGCAUCCAGGGGCUGGGGCAGCUGAGCAUAGCCGGCUCAGUGAGGGGCCACCAUGCCAGGCCAGGGCCUUGUGGCACAAAGGCAGGCGGGGCCGGGCUUGCGCUGUCGCCACACUCACCGUUCACACGAGAAGGAGCCGCAGCCAUCCUCGGGCUUCAGAGACUGCAUGGAGGGUCCGGCCACGGAGCCUGACAAGGUCCCAAGGGCUUCCCGGCAAGGCUGCCCUCACCGUCUGUCUGCAGUGGAGGGAGGGGCCCUUGGUGGGCGUUCGGGGAGCACGUCCUGUACGGGCUUCUGAGCACUGCCCGUGGUGUGGGAGAGUGCAGGCUGCCCUGCAUCCCUUGGGCAUGGCAGGAAGAUGUGGGACGGCCCCAGGAAGGGACUCCCACUUGACCAAGCAAGGGCAUGCCUUCCAGCCCCUGGAGAGAAGCAGCGUUUGCAGAGCCCAGGUGCAUGUCUGCACGGGGCUCUCUGGGCCGGCUCAGCUGGGCCAGCAGCGGGAGAGGGCUAGUCCUGUGCUGCCUGAGCUUGGACUGGCCCUUGAGGGACGCACAUGCCUCACCGUUCAGCUGGUGGGAAGCCACGAUUAAACCGUUGGAAUCUCUGUGGUCAA